CAACACGUUCGAUUGUACGGAUACCAGCGAGUGUUGGAAGUCUUACCACUGUGCAUGAAGGGCGAUGCUAUGGACUGGUAUACAUUGUUGUCCGACAGCCAGCUUAGCCGCAUGACGACCGACAUUGACGAAUGGAUCAUCGCGCUACGCCACCCCUUCCAAAAAGACGCGAUGCUUGCGGAAGACGAAGCUAACCGAUGCAAACAUUCAUUCGAACACGAGUCACUCGACGUCCGUCAAUACAUCACGCGCAAAGAGACAUUGCUGUACGACGCUGGCUUUGAGGGACCGGAUGAGCUUCUCCUCAUCCAGAAGAUCCGGGGUGACCUUGACCCUACUCUCCAAAACGCGGUCACCAUCGACCCAUACAUGACGAUGGAAGACUUUGUCAGCCUUUGUUACCAGAAGGAAUACUCCGCACAACGCAUGUUCGAGCAACAGCGGCGACAGGCCACCGGCCAGUUGUGA